AUCAAGUUGGAUGGACAUGCACGGAUGCACCUAUUAGCGAAGUACUGAAGUACAUAUCGUUUAAACAAAUUACGCAAAAUACUGUUUACGUAUAUCAAAAUUCGUUCUGAAAAAUAUGUAAUACGUAUUUCAUAACAAUGGCUGAAGUUAUUAUUUUAAGCGAUUCGGACGAAUCCGUUUUCUCUGUUGAAAAUGAUAGAGUACAGAAUGUUAACGAGGUUAGAAAAAAAUCGUCACUCGACUGUGAUUCGGACGAUUUUGAAUUUCCUGCAGUAAAAUUCUAUCAUGCCGCUGAUUCAGAUAAAAGGGUUGAUUUAGAAAAUAACAUUAAUGAAAGCUGUUCAUUUAAUAUUCCAUCUUGUAAGUUAAAAAAGGAUCUUUUUGUCACCCGUGAGAAUUCAAAAGAGUAUAAUGUUAAAAAAACUUUAUAUGGUGUGUCUGACUCGUAUGAUUUCACGCAAAAUUUGAAUGAACUGAACAAAAAGAUAGAGAGUCAAAAGACUACUAAAUUUGUAGCAAAGAAAAGUAAAAGUCAAUUAAUAGAGGAAAGAUUAAAACGGCAGGAACAACUAAUCAGAGAAAAAGCAUUGAAAACAAUUGCAUCAAAGAAAUCAAAAAGUAUUCAACCUGGUGAAUGUAUGAAAUUUAUGGAAGUUGUUCUUGAUAAAGGUAUUGAAAAUUUCGGUUUUAUUACUGAUAUUACAAGUACACUGCUUGAUGCUAAUAUAAAAUAUAGUAUUAACAAAGAAUUAAUUUCAAACAGCAUUACAUGGAAAAGAAAUAUUGAAAACAGUUAUAUUAAUGAAACCAAUGAAAUAUGUACAGUAGUAAAUAUUGAAAAAGUCAAUCAAAUAUUAGUACUUUGGAAUUGGGAUGAAGCUGUAACAAAAGUAGCAGAUGGCAGCUUUUUUGGGAGUAUUUCUAACAUUAAAGCAUCAUUAUCAAAUUACAAUAUAAUAAUAGUCAUUUUUGGUAUAGAAGAUUAUUUUACAUAUAAAAACCAAACAAAGAAUUCAACUAAAAAUGGAGCAAAAAGUAAAACUCAAAAAACCAAUACUAAAAGUAAUUGUCAGUUUAAAAAUUUCCCAGAAAUAUUGAGAGAGGAUCUCGAAAUGUGUCUUAAUGAAAUACAAAUAAUUAAUAAAUGUAGCAGUAGAUUAAUUAACAAUUCUCGAGACUUAGCACUAAUGGUGUAUCAGUGUACAAAAGCUGUAGCAGAACAACCAUAUAAAUUGGAGAAAAAUACAAAUUUGACAAGCAAAUUCGAUUGGUAUGUGAUGGGAGAUAAUAGAAAUACAGUACAUGUAGAUAAAGAUGGCAAUGGAUUAAAAAGAUUGUGGCAACAACAACUUUGUCAAUUUAAUUUAAGUAGUCUUGAAAUUGCAGAAGCAAUUUGUUCCGUGUAUCCAUGUCCUGUAGAUUUGAUGCAAGCAUACAAGAAUUGUACAUACGACGAAGGAAUAAACCUUUUGAGAGACAUUUUGAUUAGAAGAGCAGCCGGGCCUCUUACAACAACGCGUAAAGUUGGUCCCGAAUUAAGUAAAAAGAUGUAUACAAUGUUCACAUCCAAAGAUGGUGAAAGAUUAUUAAGUUAAAUAUAUAUAUUUAUUUAUGUAAUAAAGUUUGAUAAGAUUACUAAUAAAAAUUUUAUAGAAAUGCAA